AUGGCCUUCGCGCCCGCCACCGCAAACGCCACCUCCUCGAUUGCAGCAAUGGCGCUCAAGCCGCAAUGCGCCACGCUCUACGGCGCCGGGAGCCAGCCGAUGAGCCGGGCCGCGCGGUGCAGAGCGGCCGCGGCCUUGACGGCGGAGGGCUGCGCAUCCACGUCGGCGAUCGCGGCCGUGCCGGUGGCGGCGGCGAGACGCGGCCCGCGGAGGACGGCGUCCGUCGCGGGCAUGUGGCGGCAGCUUCAGGGGUGCGACGACUGGGAGGAGCUGCUCGGGAUCGAUGGACCGGCGCCCGCUCUGCGGAGCGAGGUGGCGCGGUACGGCGAGCUGGUGGACGCCUGCUACAAGGCAUUCGACCUCGACCGGGCCUCGCGCCGGUACCUCAACUGCAAGUACGGCAAGGAGCGGAUGCUGGAGGAGGUGGGCAUGGCCGGCGCCGGGUACGAGGUGACCAAGUACAUCUACGCGGCGCCGGACGUGAUGACCGUGCCCACCAUGGAGGCCUCCACCAGCGGGCGCGGGAGGUGGAUCGGCUACGUGGCGGUGUCCACGGACGAGAUGACCCGGCGGCUCGGGCGGCGGGACGUGCUCGUGUCGUUCCGCGGCACCGUCACCCCCGCCGAGUGGAUGGCCAACUUCAUGAGCUCCCUCGAGCCGGCGCGGCUCGACCCCUGCGACCCGCGCCCGGACGUCAUGGUCGAGUCCGGCUUCCUCAGCCUCUACACCUCCGCCGAUAAGACGUGCCGAUUCGGCGGCGCCGGCAGCUGCCGGGAGCAGCUCCUCCGCGAGGUCUCCCGCCUCGUCGACGCGCACUCGGGCAAGAAGGGCGAGGACGUGAGCGUGACCCUCGCCGGGCACAGCAUGGGCAGCGCCCUCGCGCUGCUCCUGGCCUACGACCUCGCGGAGCUGGGCCUGAACCGCGCCGCGCCGGUGACCGUCUUCUCCUUCGGCGGGCCGAGGGUGGGCAACGCGGCGUUCAAGGCGCGGUGCGACGAGCUGGGCGUGAAGGCGCUCCGCGUGGCCAACGUCCACGACCCGAUCACCAAGCUCCCCGGCAUCCUCCUGAACGAGGCCACGACGGGGGUGCUCCGCCCGUGGCGCGCGUCCUGCUACACCCACGUCGGCGUGGAGCUGCCGCUCGACUACUUCAGCGCCCGCGACCCAGCCGCCGUGCACGACCUCGGCACCUACAUCGCAUUGCUGAAGAAGCCUCCGGCGGCGGCCGCCGAGGCAGCGGGCGAGGGCGGCGGCGGCGUGGUCGGCAAGGUGAUGGAGUUCGUGGGGCGGCAGCGCGCCGGCGCAUUGCAGUGGCAGUACGCGGCCCUGCAGAUGGGCGGGCUCGUCCAGACCCUGGGGCUGAUCUGA